UCCAAUUUACAGAAGAUUCAGAUUGGUUUUGUGUUUUCCAAAGUCACACGGAAUGGCAACUUACUGAUUCCUUGAUCCAAAAAAAUGUUGCAAUCACAAUUUACCGUUGCUCUCAUCUAUUCUUUAACUUUUCUCAAAUUGUCCGUUGCAGAAGAUACACUUUCUGCAAACCAAACCAUUCGCGACAGGCAGAUUUUAGUUUCUGAGGGAGAAAUAUUCGAGCUGGGAUUCUUCUCCCCUGGUAAUUCCAAUAGCAGGUUCUUAGGAAUAUGGUACAAAACUACUCCGGAUGUUGUUAUUUGGGUUGCAAAUAGAAAUAUUCCCAUUAUAGACUCGCAAGGGAUCUUGUCCAUAGCCAGAAAUGGAACUUUACUUCUUGAGAGAGGCAAAACCAUUAUCUGGUCGUCAAAUAUAUCAAGUGUUGCAUCAAUUCCAGUUGUACGCCUCUUAAACACUGGAAACCUUGUAAUUAUGAACUCAACUUCUCAACAAAACUAUAUAUGGCAGAGUUUUGAUUACCCGUGUGAUACCAGGUUACCAGGAAUGGUACUGGUAGACUACCUUGGACAAGGUCAAGAUGAAUAUUUGACGUCUUGGAGAAGUUCUCAUGAUCCGUCCAUUGGAGAUUUUUCCGACAGGAUUGAAUAUAAUGGUGGCCUAGUUGAAAUGGUUGUCUACCACGGGAAGAUAAAAAGAAGCCGCCGCAGCCCAUGGAGUGGGCAUUACACCAGUAAUCUCCCUUUCAUUCUCACUACACCUUUUAAACCAGUUUUGGUAUUCAAUGAAGACAGGAUUUCACUCUAUGAUAACAGCUCAUUAAUCACGAGAUUAACUUAA